AUGACGGACCUCCUCCACAUUCUUCCUUCUUUUCCCCUUUCCGCUUUUGCUGCUCUUAUCCCCACCAUUGAACGACACGCUCUCACAACUACCGACCUUCUCACGGCACACCCGGCAGAUUUAGCCAAGCGAACUCAACUUCCAAUUAUCGACCUCCGCCGAUUUCUUGCUGCUAUACAGGCUUCACUGUCAGACGAUCUUGCUUCUAGCAGGCCACUCGCACCACCACCAUCUUCUCCCCCACCGUCCUCAAUCGAAGAGAAGCAGCCACCACCACCAAUAUCAACCACCUCUGAUCAGUUCAUCAGUACCCUAGACGAUGGAUUAGAUGCAGCACUGGGAGGCGGAGUCCCCGUCGGCCAUAUCACAGAGUUCACUGGCGAAAGUGGAGUGGGCAAAACACAGUUCCUCCUCUCACUAUGUCUUGCCGUGCAACUCCCCGCUCCCCGUGGAUUGGGCAAGCAAGCUCUCUACAUCUCAACGGAAUCUGGACUCGCAACUAGGCGUCUGGCCCAGAUGCUCGAAGGGAAUACUAUCCUGCAGGAAGCCAGCGAAGCAGGAACUCCAGCGUCUUUGGACGGCAUCCACAGCGCCGUCACCCCUGACCUCGAGUCCCAGGACCAUAUCUUGGAGUAUCAAGUGCCCGUGCUGCUAUCAAGACACGACAUCGGCCUCAUGAUUAUCGACUCUGUGGCAGCCAACUAUCGUGCCGAAUUCGAACGCCAGGGCUCCCAUGGCUCUAACAUGGCCACUCGGAGCGCUGACCUCAUCCGGCUAGGUGCCCUGCUCCGCGAUCUUGCUCGAAGACACAGCAUUGCCAUCAUUGUGGCAAACCAAGUCGCCGACCGCUUCGCCUCAUCCUCCACGCCCUCCAUUCCACGCUCACUUGCCAUGAGAAGUGGCCCAUCUCACCUGGAGAGCCCUCUAGCCUCACGGAGCAUGGCCCCUCCAUCGACCAUACCGAAUCUCUCUAGCACACCCUCGUCUUCCAUGCCGGUUUCCUUUUCAUUUCCAGACGAAGAGCAGCCUGCUUCACCCGCCCUUGCGCUAGACCAUCAGCAACGCUGGUUCACCGGCUGGGGCGACGACCCCCGCAGCUCCAGCUCUCUCAAAACGCCAAGCCUGGGGCUCGUCUGGUCCACCCAGAUAUCCUGCCGCGUGGCUCUCUACAAGAGACCCGUAUACGGCCGCCCUACGAGGAUUGCCGCUCCUAUUUCUGCGGACGAUGAUGCCGAUGUGGGGUCGCCGACGCUCAAGACUUGGAAGAGGUGGAUGAAGGUGGUGUUUGCUCCACAUGUAGCAGCUUCGGGCCAGGGCAUUGAGAAUGCGACAGAAUACGAAGUUACAAUGACGGGGCUAAGAUCUGUUAAAAAGGAUAAAGGAAAGCAAGCCGUGGUAUUAUAG